CUGAUAACGCUGAUGGUCAGCAGCGACGGCUUCUACAAGAUGAGUCGUCUGUACGUGACCCCAGAAACCUUCUUCUUUAAAGUUCACCUCCUGGUCUUGGACACCUACAAGUGCAGCAAGCCCUGCCCUGAUAUCAAACUUGGAACCAGAUACAUCGUCAUGGGUCAGAUCUACCACCGGAGGCGCCACCUUCCCGGUGACCUCCAGAACCUGCUGGGAGGCAAGCUGAAACCCGGAGACGGACUUCUGCGAAGCAACAGCUACGUCAAGAGGUUCAACAAACGGAGACACCAGAAAGCUCUGGAGGCCGCCCGCUCCAAAUGUAGAUGA